AUGUUUGGAAGUUUGGGAGACCAACAAGGUCAACUCCAAAAGCCAACAGGAUGUGACUUGAAUAUAAACACUGGAGAAUUAUUUAUUGUCGAAUGGCAAGGAGAACGUCUUCAAAUUUUUGAUUAUUCUCACUUGUUAUCAAAAUCUGGACUUAUUUAUUUUAGAAACAAAUUAUUCAAAAAUAUUGGAAAACUUUCUGACAUUAUUGUGGAGACUAGAGAAUGA